AUGAAUGCAAUUGAACUAAGCUCGUCUAUGGACAGGGCGGUCAAGGAGCGACAUGUUUUGGAGAUUGUCGACAGUAACACGCUGGAGACUUUGUUAAGCUUUCUUCAAGAUAGUGACACCAUUGUGUCAUCUGAUCUACUGGUGCCGGCUUUCCUGGCGCUCAUUCGCUUGUCAACGGAGUCUCUCGUGACUCAAGAGCUUGUUCGACUGGACGCAUUGGAGAUUUUGAUCCCGUUUGUGACGCAAACGGACCCUCGACUACAGGCAGCUGCGUGUCUCAUAUUGGGCAACGUGGCGCUGGAACCGACGGCUGCGGACGUCGUUUCUUCUUCAAAGGUUGUGCGCGCAGUUUUGAGCGUACUUGCGAGCCCACACGAAGCCAUCAAGCGUGCAGCCUUGACUUGCAUAGCUAACAUUGCUAGCUGCGCCCAAGGCCGACACCAGAUCAUCGAGCAAGACGGCGUGCAGCGCAUAUGCGAGCUGCUUGAAGACGAGUACAGCGAUCCGCUGCGCGGGGCAGCUACUUUUGCUCUGGGUAAUAUUGUCUCUGGGUGGGACAUCGACAUACAGGAUUUGAUUCGCGAGAAUGGCGCGUUGCCGACUCUUGUGCUGUUGCUGUCACCAGUAUUCUCUGAAGAUGUUAACAGCAACGCUGCCUGGGCUGUACACCAUGGCGUUCAUCUCAAUGCAGCCAGCCAGUCACUCGUGGCUGAAGCCGGCGGACUGGGAAUGCUGGUCCAACACAUUGAGAGUGCGGUAUUGGAAUCGCUUCAGACUAAUGCGCUACUUGCGUUGGAGAGUGUUGUAGUAAACAACGAGAAAAACGUGGCCUGGUGCCGCUCUAACGGUGCUCUUUCAGCUUUACAGCGCAUUCAAGAAACCGACGAUGACGUGCUCAACACCAACGCGAAACAGUCUCUAACCUCGUUGCUCGAACAGCUUAAGUAG